AUGAGGGCUUCCUCGGAAAUCGGCCUGUCCGAUUAUACAAAUGCGCCAAGAGAUAACUGGCCUUGGGGUUGCGGAGUUUCCGACGUGAAGUUGGAAAACGAUAAGACAUGCGGAGUAUCUCAACCUCAACAUCCAACUUCCUGUUCCAAAGGACACACCGUUGAGAUGACCAGGAGUGUUGUACACAAAGCCUUUGAAUCUCUGUCAGAAAACACAGGAUACAUUGCAGCCCUCAUUUUCUCCAGCUAUAUCUUCUACCACCUCAUCUACCAGCCUUUACUGGCCACUCCCCUGCGAAGGAUCCCAGGUCCAAAGGCUUUUGCUGCAACCAAGUGGCGACUGGCGCUUGCCGACUAUCAUGGAGUCAGAACUCAAUGCAUUAACUCUAUCCACCAGAGAUAUGGAACCGUAGCGCGCAUCGGUACAAAAGAGGUGUCAUUUUCCUCUCUUUCCGCGUUGCGAACGAUCUAUGGUGCAGGAUCGGGAUUUGAGAGAACAGAUUUCUACAGAAUGUUUGACGUCUAUGGACGACAAAACCUGUUUUCCUUUGCUGGCACAAAGCAACAUGCCGAGAGAAAGAAGUUACUCGCCCAUGCUUACUCCAAAAGCGUGGUAUUGUCACCCAACGCGAUUGCAAAGCCCUUGAUAGAGAAGAAUGUGAAGAGCUACUUGGAUCUGUUAGAAGGGGAGAAAGAUGUGGCCGAGGGAAUAUUCCAAAGCCUUCAUUGGUUUAGUCUCGACAGUAUUACCGGCUUUCUUUACGGAGAUCAGCACGGGGGAACUCAUGCGCUCAGAGGAAAUGACUUAGACAGAAGAAUGCUGAGCGACAUUAUCGACCCUAGUCGACGAAAGCUAAGCUGGUAUGCGGUACACUUGAAGAAAUAUACAAAGUGGCUCUAUACACGGACGGGAGCCAUGGAGAAAGCUAUCACGAAAUUGGGGCUACUGCCUAUGCAAAAGCCUGCAACCUAUACGGGCAUUCGCGCAUAUGCGCUCCAAUCCUGGACCGGUUUUGAGACUGCUGCAACGGAAAAAGACUCGGAGCAGGAUUUGGCUAUCAUCGAUAAGUUGUGGCGGCACAGCAAAUCCGGCAAAGGUAUUCGCCUCGAUGGUCUUGAUAUGGCCUCCGAAUUAGCCGAUCAUCUAUUAGCCGGCAUUGAUACGACAAGCGAUACUUUGAUGUUCGCGAUAUGGGCUCUUUCUCGUCCUGAGAAUAAGAUCUAUCAGGAGAUAUUGAUAAAAGAACUUGACACAAUUCUUAACACGGAUUGCAACCAAGACGGUAAUCCGCUUGCCGAAGUCGCAGACCGAUUGCCUUACCUUGAUGCUGUUCUCAAAGAAACGCUUCGGUUAUAUGCCCCCCUACCAGCAUCCGAGCCACGAUCAAUGUCGGUUGAUACGACAAUUGACGGUUAUCUCAUCCCAGCCGGAACGGUUGUGAGCAUGUCACCGUAUACACUUCAUCGAAAUCCUGACGUAUUCUCGGAGCCUUUGAAGUUCAACCCUGAGAGGUGGCUCGGUCAUUGCGCAGAUCUUGCAGAGAUGAAAAAAUGGUUCUGGGCGUUCUCUAGUGGAGGUCGCAUGUGCAUUGGCUUGCAUCUUGCCAUGGCGGAAAUGACAACAUUGCUUGCUGCUAUCUACAGAAAGUACACUACUAGUGGGUAUGAGAAGCAGAAAGGUGUGAGUCCUGGGAUUACAAGCCGGUUUGAGGUCUUCUAUGAUGAGACUUUCCCCAGAUUUGAGUCUUUGUUUAAGGAACACGAAUGUUGGAUCAGUUUCAGAAACCGCGAGAAUUCCAUAGUCGAUUGA